CCAUCUUGGGACAAGAAUAAUGGCGCAGCCCACGACGACGCCGCGCCGGCGGCGUGGCUCGCUGCUCACCUCCUAUUACGGCGGCACGACGGACGCCAGCGGCGCGCCGGCCGAGGCCUCCGUGGAUCCCUUGGACGACAUGAACAUCGACACGGACGGCUUCAACGCGCCAAAGUACGUCGGCUCGCUGCUGCAGUACAAGAGCCUCGAGCAGCUGGUGGGGCGCGGCAACUCGAUGGUGUCGGAGAUCAAGUCGCUCGACAGCGACAUGCAGAUGCUCGUCUACGAAAACUACUCCAAGUUCAUCUCGGCCACCGAUACGAUUCAGGAGAUGAAGGAGCGCGUCGACGGGAUGGAGGGCGCGAUGAAGGCGCUCGAGGACAACUUUGGGUACAUCUCGCGGGCGAGCGAGGCGGUCUCCUCAUCCUUCUCCGCGCGGCGCGGCGAGCUCGAGCGGCUCAACACGGUCAAGAAGACGCUCAAGAAGCUCCAGUUCCUGAUGGACCUCCCCGCGCGGCUGCAAGACUGCAUCGCAGAGGGAGAGCUCGCGCUGGCGGUGCGGUGCCACGCAAAGGCGGUCAAGAUCAUGGCGGCGGCGGGCAAGCACGCGGCCGGCUUCGACGGCAUCCGAUCCGAGUGCGAGCAGAUCAUGGCCCGCCUCUCCUCGAGCCUGCACGAGCGGCUCGAAGACGAGUCCCUCCCGCCCGACGCCCUCUGCGAGACCGUCUGGCUCCUCCUCCGCCUCGGCGGCAGAGAGGACUCCCUCCUCCCGACCUUCCUCGAGCGGCGGCGCAAGGCACUCACCACCGCCAUCAACGCCUUCACGCCCGCGGUCGGCGCCGAUGCCGCCGCCGACGCCGACGCCGCCGCCGACGCCGCUGCCGACGCCGCCGAGGGCGACGCCGCGGAGGCGCCGGAGGCUGGAGAGGGCGACGGCGCGGGCGGGCGCGGCGAGGGGCUGUUGCCCGCCCGCGCGCCGACGCGGAGCGUGACCGCGGAGCACACGCGCCAGCUGGGCGCGCUGGUGGUGCCGCAGCUGCUCGAGCUCGUCGCCGCGUGGCGCGACAAGUUUGGCGGCGAGGGCGGCGGCGGAGAGGCAGAGGCCUCGCGCGAGCGCAAGGAGGGGAUGCUGGCCGAGUGCGUGGGCGAGGUGUGCGGCGCGCUGCUCGAGGCGGUGCGGCAGCUGAUGAGCGAGGAGGCGGUCCCGUCCGAGGAGCUGCUCGAGGGGUGUGGCGAGCUGCUCGACGCCAUCGCGCCGCUGCACGAGGAGCUCCCCGCCGCCAAGCUGCAGCUGCGCGCGACGCGACUCGCAGAGGGGCUCGCGCGCCGGUCGGUCGAGCAGCAGCUGGCGCGGCUCGGCGACCGCCUCUCCGGUGCGGUGGAGGAGAUGGCGUCGCCGGACCCGGACGGAGACGCCCCCUCCGGCUCCCUGCACGCAGAGCUGCGCGCCGUCGGGGGCACCGCCUCACUGUGCGUGCGCGACGCCCUCUCGCUCGUCGCGCCGCUGCUCGCGCCGCUCUGCGAGCAGCUGCGCACGCGUGCGGACGGGAUGGCGCUCCACCUCGUGCAGCGCCUGCACGCGGCGGUGCGCUGCAUGCUCACAAAGGCGCUCGCGCCGCGCCGCGCCCCGCGCGCCGUGCUGCUCUGCGCGGGCUGCUGCCUGCAGAUGGCGGCCGGCGGGGUGGCGGACGUGCCAGAGGCGCUGCGGCAGCUGCUUGCGCCGCAGGGCCUCGCGGGCGCCGCACUCGGCUUCGAUUCGGCGGCGCUCACGGCAGACUUCCGUGCGGCGGCCGACUCGCUGCUGCAGCGUUUCGUCGAGAUGCAGGCGCAAGCCCUCUCGCGCCACCUCUCGCGCCGCGUGCAGGCCACCGACUGGCUCAACUGCCCUCCGCCGAACGGAGUGACGCCGCUGGUGCGCACGCUGGUCGCCGAGCUGAGGGCGAUGCAGCGCGUCGCCGCCUCCCUCUUCCCCUCCGAGCCGCUCAAGCCGAUGCUGCCGCAGGGGCCGUUCCCCCCGAUGACGCCGCUUGAGCAGCAGCUCGCCGUCAAGCUCGCCGCGUCGGCGGGCGGCGGGGGCGGGACGGCGUCCAUCCAGAUGGACCUGCAGCGCAUCUUUGCGCGCAAGGUGUCGUUCGAGGCGGGCGGCUUUGACGGCGGCGGAAAAAACGCUCGCGGCCGCGAGCCCACGCUGGGCGGGAUGGUCGGCCACGUUGCCAAGCUGACUCUCAAGACGCUGGUGGAGGAGGUGCGGUGCGCCACCUUUUCUAAGCACGGCUUCCAGCAGAUGCAGGUCGACGCGGCGAUGCUGCGCUGGGUCCUCCCCGCCGCCGCCGACGGCGAGCCCCUCCUUGCCCUCCUCGACGAGGCGUUCCUCUCGUGCCAGGAGCGCUCUCUCGAGUGCGUGCCGCUCGAGCACACCGUGCUCGAGGCCUUUUGCGAGAACGAGCGGCGCAGCCUGCUCGCCGCCAUCCACUAG